AUGCAGAGCAUGCAGAGACGUUUCGGUCGAAUGACCGCCACAAAGUCUGCCGACAACAGUCAAGUGGCCGUCCUUUUAAAGGACUUUGAAGAUGCUGAUAACCUUUUUACCAAGAUUAUCGAAUCGACAAAAGCCUGGCGCGAUGCUUGGGUCUCCAUUGCAACCUUCCAGAGUCGCUUGGCCGAUGAAUUCGAUGGACUAUAUGCGCCUAUCGUUGGCUCAGCCGAGACCGAAACCCGCCAUAUCCCCGAGGAAACUCCCCCUGCGCUCCUCUCACGAACGAACAAUCUCCGACGCGAAUAUGACGAGCUGCGCGGUGAACUUGUACAGGAGCUCAAUGUCGUUGAGCUGCGCAUGUCCCAGCCCGCGGAGCAAGCGAAGAGCUACCUGGCUCCAAUGAAGAAGGCUAUCAAAAAGCGAAAUGAUAAAAAGUCGGAUUUUGAACGUUUCCAAAGCAAAGUCGAUGGCCUCAUCCAUAAACCAAAACGCACCGACCGGGAAAAUGCCAAUCUCGCCAAGGCCGAAGCAGAUCUAUCAAUGGCAAAAGAGGUCUACCAACAAGCAGAUCAUGACCUGCUCCAGCGCCUCCCCACUCUGAUCUCACUUCUCUUCUCCCUAGCCCCAUUUAUACUCCAGGCCCAGGUCGAAAUCCAGAACCGCAUGUUGGCCCACUACUACACAGUUCUCUCGGGCUACUGUCAAGAUGAAGGGCUCCCCAACCCACCACCCUCAAUGGAACAAGUCGUUCAAGAAUGGGAAUCCGCAUACAGGCCCGCCCAAGCCGACUUCGAGAGUCUAAGCUGCCUCUCCCACGGCAAAGCUCUCCGCCUGUCACAAGCCCACGAAGCUCAAAACAAGCGUCCCUCUAUCGGCGGUCGUACUAUCAGCACUAUGUCCUCGGCUUCAUCCGUCCGCAGCGGUAACAGCGUACCCCGAUACGGCGUGCCACCCCCAAUGCUCGCACCUAAGCCCAGUGCAGCAGAUAUGCGGUCCCCAUCACCAAGCUCCUCAAUGAUGACCCCGCCUAUUUCCGUUGGCAGCUCGUCGAGCACGCCUCCACUUCCCUCGGGAGGGGACUCGUACAUGCCUCCUCCUCCGGUCGCCCCAACACCAAGUCCAUACCUCCAACCUGCCGCCCCACCAACGGGCGUCACAUUCUCACCCGCAGGCCCGAACAUUGAUCAUUUCCAACUCCACCGCCCGGCCACCUCAAGCACUACUUCCAGCGCGGGAACCGAGCCCUUUGCCAUGGCGGCACUCAAAAAACGGAAACCCCCACCCCCGCCUCGACCCGUCAACUUUGUCACGGCCUUGUACGACUUUGACGGGCAGGGCACUGGAGAUCUUGUCUUCCGAGAGGGCGAUCGGAUUCGCGUGAUACAGAAGACGAACAGCACGGAUGACUGGUGGGAAGGCGAGUUGCGGGGUGUGCAGGGAGCGUUCCCUGCGAAUUAUGUCGAGUAA